UCUGGUUUUUAUUUGUAGAUCGUCCCUAGGAACGGCGGAAAGGAAGUACUGGUUCAACCAGAUACGAGUGUGUUUACGAAUAUUGUUGUAUCGUAUAAUCUAGUUCAGUUCCAAUGGCGCCGAGAUGGAAAUGGAAAGGUGCUGAAGCAAAAGCUCUUGCAGAACCUAUUUCAAAAUCAGUUACAGAGCUCCAGCUUUCUCUAUCCAAAACAGAGUCCUCUGGUACCCUCUCGAGUAGCAAUGUGCUUCUAGCUGUUGAGCCGGAACAAGCUGAGCUUCUCGACCGUUGUUGUUUUGGCAGACUCGUUUUAUCUGCUGAGAAAGCGAAGAAAUGGAUUCAGUUAUCUUUUGAAGAAGCUUUCUUUUUGUUCUACAGUCUCAAAUGCAUCAAAAUCUCUCUUAAAGGUCGUUACUUGGAGGAUGAAGUUGACACAUGGACGUAUAUGAAAUCAAAAAGACCAAACUUCCCAAUCUUUUACAAAGCUUAUUCACAUCUACGAUCCAAGAACUGGGUUUUGAGAUCAGGGCUGCAGUACGGUGUGGAUUUCGUGGCAUACCGUCACCAUCCAUCUCUUGUCCACUCUGAGUACUCGGUUUUGGUUCAGUCUGGUGACAGUGAUCGAUUAAUAGUGUGGUCGGAUAUCCAUUGCGCUGUUCGGUUAAGCGGAAGUGUUGCGAAAACGUUGUUGACUCUCUAUGUCAAUGGUUACUUCAAAGGAGAGGACUUGAAUCUACCUGUGUGUUUGGAGAACUUCACAGUGGAGGAACAGACAAUAAGUAGGUGGAGUCCACAACUUAGUCGUGAAGAUGAAACCACAAAUUCAAAACCAAAUGUCACCCCUCUGUUGAGUAAUUUGAAAAACCUUUGACGAACCAACCAUUCCCGCGUAACUCAGUUGUACUGGCUUGAAUUUUACGUAUCAAUUGAAAUUUUAUUUUCUUCUU